AUGGCCCACAGCCAGUCUCGGAAGCGAUAGCGAAGCAGGAGCAAAAGCCACUCUCGGAGCGGACAGGAGAAGAAGGAGAAGAAAAAGAGGAAAAGCAGCAAGGACUCGCAGCAGGGCAGCAGCUCUCCUCCGCGGAAGCGGACCUCGGGGUCGCACAGACACAAGUCGAGCUCGGCAGCAGCUACGGGAGAAAAGAAGAAGGAAGGAAAGGAGAAAAAGAAGAGGAAGGCAAGUACCUCUUCCUCUGAGACAGCAUCUUCAUCCACCAGCUCCUCUUCGUCUUCCUCCAGCUCCUCUGAUGACUCCAGUGACAAUGACUCCAAAACAAAGAAGAGUCAUCAUGGCAAAAAAAAGCAGGCAAAACAGAAAGACAAAAAAAAGAAGAAGAAGAAGAAGAAGAGAAUAAAGAAGAAAUCAAAAAAGAAAUCAAAGGAAAAGGCUAAGGAGGAGAAAGCCAAGGGAGAUGCGGUGCCCGGCCCCUCGCUGGAGCAGUGGCAGAAGGAGUCGCUGGUGGACUCUGGACCAGUUUUGACAGAUGAGCAAAAAUCCCGAAUCCAGGCGAUGAAGCCAAUGACGAAGGAGGAAUGGGACGCGAGGCAGAGCGUCAUAAGGAGAGUCGUGGAUCCGGAAACGGGGAGGACCAGGCUGAUCAAGGGAGACGGCGAGGUACUGGAAGAGAUCGUCAGCAAGGAGAGACACAAGGAGAUUAACAAGCAUCGAGACAGCUUUGUGUUUCGCCACCGCGCGUACUCCUCGAGCAAGUGGCUCAACUUCAAGCUCUCCGUACAGGGCCCCCCAGCCUCAUCCCCGGUUCCUGCGGCUCGGAGGACAGCACUCGGUCACGCGUACCGGAGCGAUGGCUAA